UUACAUAUUCAGAGUUACCAUAACGUUCCUCCAUUUUUAUCAUCAGUACAUUACUGUUUAGAGUCUAUUUAUGUUGUUUUAUAUUAUUUUUUGAAGGCAGUUCGAUUCUACUGGUCAUUGCGUAUUAUUAAUGAAAGUUUCAAGUUAAAAUUAAGUGGCCAAAUAUUGUUUCAAUUAUAGAUUAACAUUUUUAUCAUAAAUUUGAUGAUACGAACUCGGUCUUGCAAUAGUCAUUGGAACAAUAAAGGAAAUUAAAAGAAAAAUGUCCAACAAGCAGAAGAUUAUAAGUUCUAUACCUGGUCUAGCUUAUCCAUUAGCUAGAAAUGAUACUAUAAAGACACCAUAUGGAUUUUUAAAAGGAAGAAUUCAGCAAGAUGGUGCCGAAGGACUUUGGAGAAUCAAUAAUGGUUUAUACGAUUUACGAACUUUUGCUAAAUCUCAUCCUGGUGGUGCUGAAUGGAUUACUCUUACCAAAGGCACUGACAUCACUGAAGCUUUUGAGGCACAUCAUAUAACAGAAAAAGCUGAAAAAAUUUUACCAAAAUUUUAUGUCCGUGAUGCAACCACGCCGAGAUCAAUACCAUUGACUUUUGAACCUAAUGGUUUCUAUCGUACUUUCAAGAAACGUGCUUUAGAGGCUCUCAAGGGCGUGGAUUUUCAUCGACCUUCGAAAAUGUCUAAUUGCAUUGCUGAUUCUUUCUUAGCUGUAACAAUUUUCUUCUGUUUAGCUGCUGUCUAUCCUCAUACCCCGUCAUUUAUUGCAAUGAUUAUUGCUGGCAUUUUCUUGGCAUGGACUACAGUCAUUGGCCAUAAUUAUUUUCACAUGAGAGAUAACUUUCGUAUGUAUUACUUUGAUCUUAGUUUAAUGUCAUCCAAAGAUUGGCGAAUUACACAUUCUAUGAGUCACCAUCUCUAUCCAAAUACUAUUUGGGAUUACGAAAUCUAUGUCGCUGAACCGUUUCUAAAAUGGUUACCAGAUAAAGAUAAGAAUAUUUUCAUGAGUUUUAUUGCCCAAAUUUCUAGUCCUAUUAUUUAUACAUUAACGUUCUUUCAACAAGGAGUCAAAAGGUAUUAUUCAGUGAUAUGGGAAUAUGGAACUGUGGAAGUUAGAGACAUAGUACCUUUCAUUCUUCCAAUUGCUAUGUCGUUUGUUGCACCUAAUAUAUUCGUUGCUUUUAAAACAUGGCUAAUAAUCAUUUUGAUAAGUAGUUUUAUAUUUAGUUAUAUCGGAAUUAAUGCUGCUCAUCAUCAUCCAAAUAUAUUUCACGAUGGAGAUAUUUAUAGAGAAAACUUGGAUUGGGGCCUACUCGAAUUGGAUGCUGUUAGAGAACGCGAAAUUAUCGACGAUGAUCCAAUCUUAGUGUUAACUAAUUUUGGCUCUCAUGGACUACAUCAUUUGUUACCGACAGUCGAUCAUUCGUAUCUACCUUUGGCUAUGCCAGCUUUUGUACAAACUUGUAAAGAAUUUGGUGUAAGUACCGAAAAAUUGACACAAUGGGAACUUACGAAAGGACAAUUCCAACAAUUGGCUCGUGUAGAGUGUAAAAAGAAUCAUAGAUAAUGUCUUAGUUGAUUAAAUGAUAAUAGGUAUAAAUUUAAUUGUUUUCCAAAAUAAUUAUUAAGUAUUAGUCGAUAUUGUAGAUUACAAUAAGUACUGUCGGCAACUUAUCAACGAUUUGAACAAGUUUCGUCGGUAUUUUUAUUAUCGAAGAUAUUUCUAUAAUUGUGUAAUAAAUUUUCUAUAACAAAUAA